UUUCGCCGGACGAUCUAACGCGUCGGACCCGUUCAGGAAACGCGUCCCAGCUGUGACCUGCUCGCUGUUUGUUUCAUUACUAUGGACUUGUAGCCGGAGAGAAGAGUCAUGUUCAACAUAAAGGCGCUGCAGAGAAACAAAACCGUCAGAUAUGGAGUCCCCAUGCUCUUGCUGGUAGUUGGAGGUUCCUUUGGCCUGCGAGAGUUUGCACAAAUCCGAUAUGAUUCCCAGAAGAUCAAAAGAAAGCUGGAUCCUUCACUGGAGGCCAGAGUAAACGUGGAGAGGCAGCCAGUCAUACUGGAGGAGGAGUACGAGAAGAUAAAAGAGUUGAAUUUGGACGAGUGGAGAAACAUCCGUGGUCCUCGUCCCUGGGAGGACUCCAAAGAGUAUCAGGAGCAGCAGAGAUCCAAGCAGAACAAAAAAGACUGAGGCUUGGGGACGCCAGGCCGAGCACACUGCACGCACGCUGCAGCUGGACUGACCAAACGAGAAUGGACGGAGUCUGUGGGGAAGACGCCAUGGAGACCAAAUUAUCCCAGACGCUGCAGCUUCAGGGCAUGGGCUCAACAUCUUUGGUCUUGGUUUGUAUUGGACUUGGAAGUUUUGGAAAUGUGCAUUGUUGUGGUCUCCUCUGGGCUACUAGUGGUUAAAAGUGCCACAUGAGCUCAAAACCUUGAAAUAAGUUUAAGGUUGGCCUUAAAUUGAAAGAAAUAUACAUUGAAUCUUGUAGGUUUAUACACAGAUGCAUAAAGCUGUCCCCUGUUUGGUAAUUCUCCAGUUUGAUCAGGAGUUUGUAAUAAAAAGAACCAGUAGGUGGCACAUCUGUGUCCUGUUGCACCACACCUUCCCCACAGAAACCAAGGAGGGAAAUAAAUAUAUCAACGUAUGAUUUCCAGGUCUCAAUUAAUUAUUGCUAUUGAUCCAAACUGUUGCUUUUACUUUCAUUUUGUUUUUGACAAAAGCUCGUAGAUGUGGUGAGUCUUUGUUUACAACUGUAUCGCAUUGAUUUACCAGCUGAAAGUAUAAAAGAAUAAAUAACACAACAGUC